UGUGUGGGGGAAAUAAACACCAUCCAAGCCAGGGAACAAAUCUGUCCUUUGUGGCUUACUGAAAGUGAGGGAAGCUACUGGAUUUUGACCCUGAAUCCCUCCUCCCACUUCAGCCUCUCCUCCUUCCAGUUGCCUCCUCUAACAGCUUCUUUCUCUCAACACUCCCCUUCUCCGCCCAUUCAGCUGGUAUAUAUAGCCCUGCAGAGCAGACCUCGGAGUCUGCGCCUCCUUUUUUGCUGCUGAAUUCCUCAGAAUCUGGAAAAAGGGAGAAGCAGAGGACUCCAGUAUGGCGAAAUGCGGAGAGUGCGGCCCUGGAUACAAAACGCCAUUGGACGCUAUGAAAGGCCCCCGGGAAGAGAUUGUAUACCUGCCCUGCAUCUACAGGAACACCGGAAUAAAGAAACCAGACUAUCUGGCCACGGUGGAUGUGGACCCCAAAUCUCCAACCUAUUGCCAAGUCAUCCAUCGCCUGCCCAUGCCAAAUGUCAACGAUGAACUCCACCACACUGGGUGGAACUCUUGCAGCAGCUGUUUUGGGGACACGACCAAGAAGCGAAACAGGCUCAUCCUUCCCAGCUUGAUCUCUUCCAGGAUUUAUGUGGUUGAUACAGGCACUGACCCUCGAACUCCACGCCUCCAUAAGGCUGUUGAGCCCGUUGAGAUGUACUGGAAGUGCAACCUGGCUAAUCCUCAUACCACCCACUGCUUGGGCAGUGGCGAAAUCAUGAUCAGCACCAUGGGAGACCCGUCCGGCAAUGGAAAAGGUGGUUUCGUGCUGCUGGAUGGGGAGACGUUUGAGGUGAAGGGAAACUGGGAAAAAGGGUCCAAGGUCCCUAAGCUGGGCUACGAUUUCUGGUACCAGCCGAGGCAUAACGUCCUGAUGAGCACAGAGUGGGGAGUGCCCAAGUGCCUGGCAAAUGGGUUUAAUCCAGCUGAUCUGGAAAAAGGCUGCUAUGGUAGCAACAUUAAUGUGUGGGACUGGACCACCCAUGAACUCAUCCAGUCGAUCGACGUGGGGAAGAAUUCCAUCCCUCUUGAAAUCCGCUUUCUCCACAACCCCGACGCGGCAGAAGGGUUCAUCGGCUGCGCCCUCACCAGUGCGAUUCAUCGUUUCCACAAGACCGCGAAUGGGACCUGGGCGGCCAAGCAAGUGAUCCAGGUGCCCAGCAAGAAGGUGGACGGCUGGGUUCUUCCUGACAUGCCAGGUCUUAUCACAGACAUCCUCAUCUCCCUGGAUGACAAAUUUCUGUAUUUUAGCGACUGGCUUCAUGGAGACAUCCGUCAGUAUGACAUCACCAACACCCAGCAGCCCAAACUGGUGGGACAGGUUUUUGUUGGAGGCAACAUCGUCAAAGGCGGGCCAGUCACUGUGGUUGAGGACCAAGAGCUGGACUGCCAGCCAGAGCCCUUUAUCAUCAAGGGAAAGAGGGUUCAAGGCGGACCUCAAAUGAUCCAGCUAAGCUUGGACGGCAAGCGACUGUAUGUCAGUACUUCCCUCUACAGCGGCUGGGACAAGCAGUUCUACCCAGACAUGGUCAAGGAAGGCUCUGUCAUGUUACAAAUCGACGUGGACACCAAGAAAGGCGGCUUGAAAGUGAAUAAAAAUUUCCUCGUGGAUUUUGGGAAAGAGCCGGAAGGCCCUGCGCUCGCCCACGAGAUCCGCUACCCAGGAGGAGACUGCACCUCCGAUAUCUGGAUCUGAGGAAGGCUCCCAGCAGGGCAGAGAGCAGUUGGAUCCUUAAUGUUGACCCUUUGUCCUUUCUAUGUUCCACAUAUGAAAAUUGAUCUUGGUGGGGCCUCUAACCAGAUUUCCAUGUUGUUGCAGACAGGGAGCAAGUUUAUAGUCUGUGGAACCAAACAGUACAGUGGACGCUCAGGUUGCGAACAUGAUCCGUGCAGGAUGCAUGUUCGCAGCCUGCAGCGUUCGCAACCUGCAGUGGUGCGUCUGCACACACGCAGGUUGCGAUUUGGCGCUUCUGCGCAUGUGCAAAGUGCAAUUUAGCACUUCUGCGCAUGCGCGACCGCCGAAACCCGGAAGUAACCUGUUCCGGUACUUCCGGGUUUUGGCGGGUCCAUAACCUGAAAAAACGCAACCUGAAGCACCUGUAACCCGAGGUACGACUGUACAGCUUUUCCUGGACUGUACCACUUCAGGCAGUAAGCCGGGGUGUGGCACCUUAGGACGCUCCCACACAACGAUAAAAAAAAAUAUGCACAUAGAAAACUAGUACAUUAGCAGUAAGGCUUAUGAUCAGCUUUCUCUAUGUAUAGGGAGUCUGGGGAGAGUGGGAGGGGAAGUUUUCCAACAUGUAACUCCCACUUCCUGAAGGCUGAAGGAAUCAUCCAUAGCUCAGUGGGUAGAUUAUGAGAAUCUCUGGAACAGAUGUAUUACCUGAUGCUUUUAAUGAUACCAGACUGUCCUGGGUGUUUAUUGGUCGGUCUGCCUCUCUCUAUUGCAAACUGUAGUCUUGCUCACAUGAUUUAUUCUGUACGUGAUAGAUCAUCACACUAGGCCUUGGGGCCAUUCGAUGAAGCUGAAUGUGGAAAGAUUCAGGGCAGAUGAAUGAAAGUUCUUCUCCACACAGCACUUGGAGAGUUUUCUUUCACAACCAAUCAGUGUAUAAAUCUUACGAAAUAAAUAAACGAAUAGCUGAACUGUG